CAUGGCGCCGCUGCGCUGACAGGGUUAGGGAGCAGCUCGCCUUCCGCCCUCGCCAGCUCGGCGUCCGAGUAGCCGGUCCUUCCCCGGGGGAGCCAGUUCCUCCCCGGGCCGCCGAGCCAUGCCCAUCGCGGCCGCCCGGGACGAGCCAGGCAUAAAUUAAUUAUUGGAAAGCUGCUAAAUAAUGGAGCCAGACAUCAUUCGAAUGUACUCUUCCUCUCCCCCACCAUUAGACAAUGGAGCAGAGGACGACGAUGAGGAUGAAUUUGGGGAAUUUGGUGGGUUUUCAGAAGUCAGCCCUUCUGGUGUAGGGUUUGUUGAUUUUGAUACACCAGAUUAUACUCGUCCCAAGGAAGACUUUGUACCUUCAAACCAUUUUAUGCCAAUUCAUGAUUAUUCAGAAAAUGUAGAUAGCCUUACAAGCUUUAAGUCUGUUAAAAAUGGUAAUGAUAAGGGUGGCACUGCUGAACUUUCUGCUCCUGUGAAAAGUCAGUCUGAUGUUGUACUUUCUACCACCAGCAAAGAAAUGACUCCGUCUAAGACUUUAGAUCCUUCUUCCAUUGAUGGUAUGGAAAGCCUGGGAGACUUAAAUAAAGUAGUGGUGCAGGGACCAAACACUGGACAACCCAGAAGUCUCUGUCCAGGAGAUUUUAGAACUGAUACAAGCAUUGCUCAUCAAACCACGCAGUUAGAGAGCUGCAACGGGGAAAAGCCACCUUGUCUGGAAAUUCUAACAAACGGGUUUGCAGGUUUGGAAACUGUAAAUCCUCAGGGAACAGAUGACCUGGACAGUGUGGCUGCUUCAAAGGGAUCCAAGCCUCCUAGCAUCUGUGGCACUGAGUGCAGUUUAGAUUCUGCAGCUAGUCCUGCUAAGGAACUUGCAGAUUUUGCUACAUUUUCCCAAACAGAAAGGAUACAGCCAGAGGAAAUAGCGUGUGCAGUUUUAAAUGACGGUGAUGCACUGACCAGAAUCAACAGAGUCAGCCAGCUGAAUUCUAUGAAAGAAGUGACUUUGGGUGGAAGCUUUGAGGAUAAAGGAGAUGCCGAUGGAGAACUUCAGCCCCAUGUGUUAGAAUUCAGUGUGGUAACUGACAGAGGUUUCACUGUUAAAAAACAAGACCUUCAAACUCUGCAACAGGAUGAACUUUUACAUUCAAGAGUUCAAUCUGAGGCUUGGAGCUUGGUAGACUCAAAUGAAAAUUCAGAAGCCAUUACGAGGGAACAGCCUAAUACUGAGGGAAAUGAUUUAUUUGCUUCUAAAUGUGCUGAGGUAUGCAUGGAUUCUAUUAAAACUCCUGAUGUUAAUGAAAUUGGUUCUUCCAAAGAAGAAAAUAAAAAGUUUACUAAUUCCAAAAGUCCAGACCCUGAUCCCACAGAAGAAAAUGUUUUGGAUGACUCUGUUGCAAGCAUAAAAAAUGGUGACAGCGGUAACAACUUUGUGACUUGCCACGAAACCAAUGAGGAUGAUUUUGGUGACUUUGGUACAGCCAGUGGCACCACUCCACCUUUGGUUACUAGUACUCAAGAUUCUAUGAGUGACGUCACUUUUGAAGAAUCCUCAGAGCAUUUUCUACAUUUUAGUGAGCCAGGUGAUGAUUUUGGAGAAUUUGAGGAUACAAAUGCUGUUUCUUGCCAAGAGGAAAUGGUGUUUACUGAGUCAGACCUAAGACAGACUUCUGAUAGUUUAUCAGGAGAAUAUCCAUUGGCAGAAAAGUCUGAUAGAAAAGACAGUGAACUUGACUCAAAACUGGAAAAUGGACAAGACAAUGAAUUUGGAGAUUUUGAUUCUGUGCCAAAUACCCAAGGUAACGGUAGUGCUUUCCAAGACUCAGAUGACUUUGCAGACUUCAGCUCAGCUGGUCUUAGCCACGCUGUAGACUGGAAUGCUUUUGAGGAUGAACAGAAAGAUGGUUGUUCCUGGGCUGCCUUUGGGGACCAACAGGCUACUGAAUCUCAUCAUCGAAAAGAAGUCUGGCAGUCACAUAGGACAGAUGAAAGUAGUGACACUCUGGGACCCCCUAAGAUGCACAGCGUCUCUUUAGUAACUUCCAAAGGAACAGUUGCUGGUGGCCAUUUGCAGGAAUCAGCCACUUCAGCUCAGACAGCUUUACUCAAGCGGUUGGAGAGGAUUUUCGAAGCCUGUUUUCCUUCUGUCUUUGUCCCUGACGCUGAGGAGGAAGUUACUUCCCUGAAGCACUUGCUGGAGACAAACACCUCGCCAGUAAGAACACAAGAGGCCUUAGCUGAGAGUGGUGAGCUGAUGGAUGUAUGGACGGAACUGCAGGAUAUCCAUGACGCACAUGGCUUGCGAUACCAGUGGGGUGGCUCCCAUAGCAACAAGAAGCUUUUGUGCUCCUUGGGAAUAGACACUCGAAACAUUCUGUUCACUGGCAAUAAGAAGCAACCUGUUAUAGUGCCCAUGUAUGCAGCAGGGUUGGGUAUGUUAGAGCCCACCAAGGAACCAUUGAAACCACUCUCUGCUGCAGAAAAAAUUGCUUCUAUUGGCCAGACAACCAUUAUGGCACCAGAAAUGAACACAUGUACUUCUGAGUCAUUCCAGGAGUCUCUCCCACCUGUGCAGUUUGACUGGAGUAGCAGUGGCCUUACUAACCCUUUAGAUGCUAGUGGAGGUUCCACUCUUCUGAACCUUGAUUUCUUUGGGCCCGUGGAUGACAGUAGCUCUAGCAGCAGCACAAUCCCAGGUGUGGACCCAGAGUUGUAUGAAUUAACAACUGCUAAGCUGGAGACCUCCACCUCAAGCCUCAAGGUGACCGAUGCAUUUGCGAAGCUCAUGUCGACAGUGGAGAAGACAAGCACGUCGACCAGGAGACCAAAAAGAGAGGAACACCUAAGUGAAGAAGCCGCGAAGGUGAUCGCCAGCCUUCCAGACUUAACCUUCAUGCAUGCCAAGGUGUUGAUGUUCCCGGCCACUCUGACACCUUCCACGUGCUCCCAGGCACAAGCAGACGGGUAGCUGAUUGAACUGGACAAUUUUAAAUACUUUUUCCUUUCCUCCAUCUCUUCCCUGCCAUCAGAAGCAUAUUGUUAUAAUUUACAAAUAAAUCAAUCAAUUCAUGUUCAGCUGAUUUGUUGGUAAGCCACACUAGAAAGGUAUACAUAGUAAUGUAUAUUUAUUUACAUACUGAAGUCCUAAAUUUAUAUUAGAAGAAAUGUAAAUAAUUGGGGAUGAACAUUUUUGAAGAUUUAUUCUUUUGUGUUGCUGGGGUGUAUACAUUUAUGUCUUUGUGAAAUACACUGGUGGUGUCCUUCUUAAAAACUUUUGAAAUAAAAAAAGAAAAUUAAAAUUAAAACCUCCACUGUCUGUGAAAUCCCCUUCAGUCUUCUCCCAUUGCACCGACUGCUCUUAAUUUUCCCUGUCGUAUGUUCUGUUACCUUCAUUAUCACAAAAAGCUCCAAAAUUCGUUUGAUUUUCAAUUUUGUAAAUGAUGGGUCUGUUGGGACCUAGCGUUUGUUAACUUCUCUGGGCU